AUGUCGCUCGCAGUCUGUCGUACUCAGGGUAUGGGAGCGUUUCGAUUCGCUCUCAUCAUCAGUUUCGAAACCACAGUAUGUUUGUGUCCUGAGUAUGAGAACGGAUCCGGUGUCAUUGCAUACUCGAAUGAUGAAAUUUCCGUGAUACUCUCCUUGACAACCUCCCAAGAGUCUGCCAAAACCAGAACCAAUCUCUCCUUACAUCACGACACCGAAGUCCGAUAUCGUGAAUGCGAACGCUGGUCGCUCCUGUCGAUCUCCCGCGAUAUACCCACAAGCUCGCGCGCCAUCUCCGCUGAACCCAGCUUAGCGCUUUCGGCAGCAUUACACAUCACCCAUGAAGUCCGGAAUAGCGCCAUAUUCCGGAAGAGUCAGAGCUAG